ACAUAUUUUUAGCAAUCUAAAAUUGCCUGUCGAAAUGCUAUUUAUUGGUUCAUUUUAUAGUAGAUUAGAUUCCCAGUAGUGUUGUCACUGAUACAUAUGAUAUAUUAUGGAGGAAUAUGCUAGAGAACCAUGUCCCUUCAGAAUUGUUGAUGAUUGUGGAGGAGCUUUCGCAAUGGGUUGCAUAGGAGGUGGCAUAUUUCAAGCAAUAAAGGGUUUUCGAAAUGCUCCAUCUGGAUUCAAUAAGCGCAUGGUUGGAAGCUUAACUGCGAUCAAACUCCGCUCUCCAGUGAUUGCAGGAAAUUUUGCAGUUUGGGGAGGAAUGUUCAGCACUAUUGACUGCACAUUAGUGCAUUUUCGGAAAAAGGAAGAUCCAUGGAAUUCAAUUAUAAGUGGAUUUACAACAGGUGGAAUUUUAGCUGCAAGGAACGGCAUACCUGCAAUGGCUGGAAGUGCUAUAAUUGGCGGAGUGUUGCUGGCCUUAAUUGAAGGAGUCGGGAUUUUAUUUACCCGUCUUUCUGCAGAGCAGUUUCGGAAUCCUACGCCACCGAUUGAUGAUCCCACAGCACUAGGUGAUGCUGCACAAUCUUUUGGUUUUGGGCAGACCCAUCAACAUCAGUCGCAAUAUCAGUGAAAAUGUGUUCAUUUAAAAUGAGCACUUAUUUAUACAUAUGCGUUGUGUCAUAUUUGUGUAUGUAUAUCAAUGCCAGUAUAAAUUAAUUUUAAUAUGUUUUCACAGCACACCAAUAUCAUUUAGAAAAUAAUAAAAAUUAUGAAGUAUGUCGUUAUGUUGUUUUAAUAGCCCUGUAAUAUUCCGAUAAUAAUAUCAAUUAAAUUGGGAUCGAAAUAAGUUCAA